AUGAGGAUCUCUCACCUGGCAGGCCUCCUGUCCAUCGUGUCCGGCACCCUGGCCGCGACCUUCAAGUCCUGCACCGAUGCGCAGAUCGUCACCCUCGAAGCGGCCAUCGAACGAGCGACAAACAAGUCCCUUGCGGCGAUUGAGCAUUUGGAGGAUAACCCCAACGGAAGCGAUGUGCAGACGACGUGGUACGGGACGUUUAGUACCGCGCGCUAUAACCGCGUGUUGACGGCAUUCAAAAAAUUCGCGCCUGAUCUAGCCACGACGUUUUCGUAUGAUUGCUCGUGUACCAGCACCGUCGUCUACGCGACUAUUGGCGGCACGUACGGCGACGUCAGGAUUUGCAGUGUGUACUUCAACGAGGCGAUGCUCCCGCCUACUGGGCGGCAUCGGAACCAGUGGGAUACCAUUAUCCAUGAGGCGACGCACAUGCGAGACGUGCUUGGUACGACUGACUACGGGUAUGAUGUCGACUUAUGCAAGCAAUUCGCCCUUGAAGAUCCCGAGAAGGCGGUUAAGAACGCAGAUAAUCACGCUCGCUUCGCGGUUGAGGUGCCGCCUUGGGGUCCCUAG